GAAAAACAAACAUCGCGGCAUGGACAUCAGGUGGGACCUGCGCGUGCACGUGUACGAGGCGAAGGGCUUGAUGGACCGCGGCGGGCCUUUCAUGAAGCAGAGCCCGUACUGCACCAUCAAGAUCGCAGGGCAGAAGUUCAAAACAAACGUCCACAUGGACGGUGGGUGCAACCCCGUGUUCAAUCAAGAGCUGACAAUACACAACGUGAUGCCAAAGGACGACUUUCAGAUCGAGGUCAAAGGCCACCACACGAACAUCCCCAAGACGCACUUGGGGGUGUUUCGCAUAUCCCUUGAACAAGCCAUGCUCGACGGCCGCACUGGUCGAAAGGUGUGGUGUCCGCUCAAGAAUGUCAAGAAAGCAGGCAAGGAUGCGGGGCAACUCUGCUUGCGCCUUGACGUGCGAAACGCGCCUCCGCCGUACAUCGAAAAAAUCGAUGCCCUUUCCCUCACAGAUUCGCAUCGACCUACCGAGAACUCGCUGUCGGACCAUCCUCCACCGCGACGAAAAACCUACUCCAGCACACAGUUACCUCCAACAUCGCCGCAGCGACUCAAGAAUGCUUUCUCUGCUGGGGAACACGACGAAGGAACUUUGUACACACGCGGUACGUCCGCAAGAGACGACUUUAGCCGUCAAAGCAGGCCCCCAUCUGCUUUACGCUCGACGUUGCGGAGAACGCUAUCCCAGGACGAAGUGGACUGGACCGGCUACGAAGAAUUGCGACCGUACGCCAAGUUUUACGUGUACUCGUCACAAGUCUCGAUCAUUCGCCAGGUGCACACGGACUACAUCCAAACCGACUACAUGAAGACUCAGCUCGGCCACUACGGCGGUGACAAGGUCAUGAUCACGAGCGCUAAAGUGCCCGCGGAGCGCCAAGCGCUGAUCAAGGAAGUGAUCGCAUUAAGCAAAGUGGAUUGCCCCCUCAUCCUGCCCUUUGUCGGGUUCUUCAUUGACCAGGCGAAAGGAGGUCUGCACUGCAUCACGAACCACGCGCUAGCCAACCCCCCGACGCUGCACAAGUACGUCCAGCGGAUGGGGUCGCGGCUCACGUUGAAGGACAAGCUUGCAUUCGCCAUCGACGUCGCGAUGGCUCUCGUGUACAUGCACCAGCUUGGUAUGAUGCAUCGAGGAAUCAAAGCAGAGAACGUGAUGCUGACUGACCGGAAGAAGGCCGUGCUGAGCGGCUUCGGGACAUGUCGUGACCGGUCGUACGAUCAGACUCUGACGGUGGGAGUCGGGGACAUCCAGUGGUCGGCGCCAGAAAUGCUGACGGAUGGCGACUACAUCGAAAAGGUCGACGUGUACUCGUUCGGGGUGUUGCUUGUGGAGCUCGAGACGGGCCAGAAGCCAUUUGAAGAAGAGAGCAAAUCGAUGACCAGGAAUGAUUUGACCAAUGCCAUUCUUAUGGGCACGUUGCGACCGACGCCGUCGCCGGCGUGUCCGUCGAGUCUGAAUCGUCUCAUUCGACUGUGCUUGCAGCACGACCCACGCCUGCGACCGGCCAUGGACCAAGUUCUGUCGAGUCUCCAAGAUAUAUCAAAUACCUUAUAAUGAAAGUCGAAUCCUGUCACAC